AUGGAGAGAAUGGCAACGAAGUUUGGCUCUGCAGUGGUGUCGAGACUGGGUCUGAAGUGUAUAAAUGGACAGGCAUUCUCUGCUUCAUGGAAGAUUAGCCAGGCACCCACAAGCUCAAACGGCAACAGCUACAAGAGCUACAAGAGCUACCACACCUCGGCCACCACUCUUGACCGCAAUCACAAUAAUCGAUACACAUUGAAUUAUCAAUUCAAUAGACAAUUUUCAACAAGAGCCAAAAUGCCCGAGUACGCCAAGAACCAGCCCGCCGGUUUCAAAAACGCCGUUGAGAGAGUCGCCAUUGUCGGUGCCGGAGGCACUGUUGGAUCCCACCUCGUCGCCGCUCUCCUUAAAACCGGAAAACACACAGUUACGGCCCUCUCCCGCAAAGAUAGCAGCAACAAACUCCCCGAGGGCGUCCUCGUCGCCCCAGUUGACUAUUCCGACGACGCCACUAUUGUCGCUGCCCUCAAGGGCCAACAAUUUUUCAUCAUAACAGUAUCCCCCACUGCGCCCCGCGACACCCACAGCAAGCUCGUCCAGGCGGCCGCCAAGGCUGGUGUUCCCUACAUUAUGCCUAACGGGUACGCUGGCGACAUUGAACACACUAAACUCGGAGAGGAUAUCCUGCUCGGGCCCGUUGCCAAGGCUGCCAGGGACGAGAUUGAGAGCCUCGGUAUGCAGUGGAUCACCAUGUGCUGUGGGUUCUGGUACGAUUACAGCCUAGCGGGUGGUGAGGCGCGCUUCGGGUUCGACUUUGACAAGUGGGCUCUGACGAUCUAUGACGACGGCAACACCAAGAACUCGGUAUCGACCUUGUCGCAGGUUGGGCGCGCUGUGGCCAAAGUGCUGAGUUUCAAGGAGCUUCCUGAGGACGAAAACGACAAGAGCCUUACUGUGUCGGGGUGGCUUAAUAAGCCUGUGUAUAUUAAGAGCUUUGUGGUCAACCAAACCGAGAUGUUUGAGAGCGUCAAGCGCGUCACGGGCACUAGUGACGCUGACUGGACGAUCACUCAUGAGGAUAGUAAGAAGCGAUACGCAGAUGGCCUGGCGAUGGUUAAGACUGGUAACAUGGCUGGCUUUGGUAAGCUGCUCUACGCAAGGGCGUUCUUUCCAGAUGAUCCGAGUGAUUGCUCAGCCAAGGCACAGAAUGAGCUGCUUGGUCUGCCGGAGGAGAGCCUGGAUGAAGCUACCCAAGUUGGGGCUGAUAUGGUCAAGGAACUGCAGCUUCGUGUUGAGCGUAUGGCGUCAUAG